AUGACGAAUGACGAGACGCGCGAGGUGACGCCGGACGACGAGGACGUGGACGCGGUCGAGCGAGGGGAGGGAUUUCUGUCCAAGACGAUGCAAAAGUUUUUGCAGAGGCAGUGCGUGCCGGCGGCGAAGAAGAUGGCGAUUUCGCCGGCGAAGGCGGCGAAGGCGGCGAAGGCGGCGAAGGCGAAGGCUGGACGAGGACGAUUGCCCGUCCGGGAGUACGCGCCGAAAGUGGCGACGAUGGCGAAGAGACUCGGGGAUGAGGUCGGGAAGAAGUCGGCGGCGAGGGAGAAGAAGCGCAAGCUGAACGACGAGCAACUCGCGGAGUGCUACACCGUCAUGCACGCGGCGGUCGAUGCGGGUGAUCUCGAGCGAUGCGAAGAGUUGCGCAAAUACUUCGUGAGACACGAGGGAAAGUUCUCCAACCCGUACAAAUGGGAUCACGAGCUCGUCGCGUGCUGCUCGCGAGACGGACGCCGACCGAUCGCAACGCUCGCGUGGGCCUUCAGCAAAGGCGCGCGACGCGACGCCAAAGCCGCAUUUUUCGCGUGCGAACGCGUCGAUCACGAGUUACGUCGAGAUGAAGACGGCAACUACACCGAUUCUUUGACCGUUUUACAGUUCUUACACGAGCACGGCGUGCGCAUCGAUUACGACACCAUGUACUGCGCGUGCGAGUUCGGCAAUCUCGCCUGCCUCGAGUGGAUGCACCAAAACAUUCGCGGGCUCAGAUUCGCCGAUUGGCCCACGUCCAAAAAUCCUCAAGGUCAAGACAACGAUUUGAUGCUCAUCGCCGCCAAAAACGGCCACUUACCCGUGCUCCAGUACCUCUACGACAACGACUGCGAUUUCACCGACGCCGACGCGCGAGACGCGAUCGAACAAGUCAUGAACCGCGAACCGUCCUCGCCUUUGGGCUGGCACGCCGUCGUGCGAUGGAUACAGAACACCGACGAAUACAAAGCGUACCGCUCGGUCGACGAAGACGACCCGCUCGCCGCGCGCGCGAACUAG